AUGGCGGCGGCGAGCAGGGAAAGGUUGGUCCACUUUCGAUCGAAAUUAGAGGUAAAUGUGACUGUAUUAUUUAUAAUUUUUUCAAUUUAUGCACCUCUUCUUUGUACGUAUUAAACUUUUCCAAGUAUCAAACCUCCCGGGCUCACAUAAACCAGUUUUAAAAUUCUUCUGUUUCUCCAAUAUCAAAUGUUUGUCGCAUCUGUCCGUCUUUCCUUAAAUCAGGAACUUGGUUGCCCGUAUUUAGGGGGCGUUGAGGAUUCAUGGAUAGAAGAAUUGUUGUUUAAGCCUGGAGAGCCAAGACUGAGACUCCUGCAGUGGAGUUUAGCAAAGUAAGCUCGUAAGCUCUCUAUAAAUAUUUAAUGUGCUCCCCCAACUCAAGUAUUGCGGGAGAGGUAUAAUUUUUGUUAUUGUAGAGUAUGGUGGUUCUGGUGAUUUCAGAUUGUUUGUUCCUUGGCAAUUUUUGGAUACCACCCUAUUAUUUGGUAUUUUUUUGUUCCUUCCACCACCUCAUUCUAUAUUUCAAUACUAAAUAAAUAUUAGUUUAUAACUGAUUUUUCUUGUUUUUAUUGAGAAUGUUUUAUGGCUCCCUAGUACCUUCAGUCCCACUGGGAGAGAUUUUUAAUUGCUCCCUCCUAAAACCUAACAAAUACUCGCCCCACAAAAAAUCCAUAGCCCCCUUAGGCAUUUUUGAAACACGAAAUGCCGAAAUGACUUUCUCAACAGUAAAACCAACUGUCCCCCUUGUUUCUUGUCAAGUCCAGUCAUUUCUUUUGCCUUCUUUGAACCGGCGAAACUCUGCUCAGCAUGCAAAACCUCAUAAGUCUUGUUUUGCCAUUGCAGUUGUCACUUCUUUUUCUUUAUCUUGAGUUUUUGUUGCUUUCUUUUUGUGACUAGUCACAGUCAUGUGAUCUUCUGGUUAUAAGGGUAGGGGGUACUCGACCAAUGUUUGGGUAUGGGUUACAUAGUUAUUGCUUUUGUAUACUUGGAGUACCAACAAACUUUCUUUAACUAUGGAUCCACUCAAAUAACUUUAACUAUGGAUCCAGUCACUUAAAUCUUUUUCUUUUUAAUUUAAUGUUAGCGUGAUAACAGUACAUACAUGUGUAGUUUCUGCUGACUACUAAAUGUAGAUGUAGAUAACCUGCUUCCCAAAUGCCUUUCAUGGGCACUUUCAUGUCACAGGUUUGAUCCAGUCAUCUACAACAUGCUGGAGAAUCAACAAAGUAAAGCAUUUGGAAGAAAUGACUCAAGGCUUCAAAGUAAGACAAAAUCAAGGUUGACAGCAUUUAUUUUUCAACAUCAAAUCAACAAGUCUUUGAUCUUCUGUCUUUAAAUUCACUUAUUGCCACUCUCUUUACUGCAGUAAUAAAUAACUUGCAGUACUGAGUGAAGCUCUGUUGACUUUUUGAUUGGAAUAAAAAGUGUGACAUUUAAAACUCAUUAAUGGUUUUGCUUUAUUUGCAGAACUUCUGUUUGCUUGUCAUCUCUUAGGACUGUGUAAAAGUGAUGAUAUUGAACUUGUACAGGUACUUUCACGUGAAAAAAUACAACUUGCUCAAAAAAUCAAUUAUUACUAUUUUUUUUAAAUGUAUAUACAUUGCUGCAAAAUGCAGUCCAUUGUAAAAAACAGGGGCACAGAGGGUACAUACAUUGUAAAGUGUAUGUUAAAGGUAAAAUCCAUUCUCGACUCAGGCUAAACUAGUAUUCAGUCUGGUUUGAAUCAGAAUUUUCUUUAUUUUCUAAUCCUGAUAAUUAGGGAUGAUUAUUAUGCAUAGGAGACAAAGGAAAUCUGGUUGAACCUGACAACAGUUUUUUCACGUACAACAUAAAAAAAAAAUUAUUGUAAAUAGGAAGGCCCAAGGGGCAGCAUUAGGGAUGAUUAUUAGAAACCUCAAUCCCCUUAAAAUCUUCAAAAUCCACAAUUUCACAGAUCUCAUGCCUCUUUUGUAAACCGUGAUGCAUCGCGCAGUAGCGAUAAUAUGUCUGAAGUUUAUGAAAAAUUUUGUGCUUGAUCAUGGUACAUCUGUAUCUAACUUGUUGAAAUGCCAUCCUGAAAGAUCUUACCUCAUAAUAAUGUUCUGGUUUCAUUUUUAUCUGUAUUUUUAAAACCAGUUUAUUUUUUCCUGGAAACCAAAAGCUACAUGUACGCUACAUAAAAAAAAACGGAUCAUUAUACGUUUCUGGGAAGCUGCCCACCUACCCCUCCUCUAAACCAACAUUAACACGUACUUCUCACUUAGGGCAAAAUGUUACCAUAGGAGAGGGGUAGCUGGGCAAAACUAUGUGCAAAAGACAAGAAAUUGGAAAAACUGAACAUUUCAAUUAAUUAUUUCCCUCCUGUUUCUUCCUGCUCUUUCAAUGCUAUAAAAGCCUAAAAAAGGGUUUCAAAAAUGGCCAAAUACACGAGACUAAAAACCCCAGAAAGGAAGGUUACAGGAACGAUUAAAAAAUAUAAUUUUCUAAUCCAUGAACGUAAUUUUUUUCCAUUUUUGUGAUUUGUUCAUCUACUGGUAGUUGAAAGGAUUCAAAAAAGGUUGAAAUUCACAUCUUAAUUUCUGCUAAAUGCCCUUAAGUAGAAAGGGGAGUUGUUUGAUCGACCUGAUGAUGUACUAACUAUUUUACAAAGUGUUGUAGAUGUACAUUAGUACCUCUGAGGUUUCCAUCAUCUAAAAAUCAUAACGCUACCCUCAAACAGCUGCAAUAUGAUGGCAUGUUCCUUCAUUUUGGUGAGAGUGCACAUCUUUGUUGUUUUUAGGGUAACAAAUCUAGGAACAAACAAGCAGUGUUCUGGGAAAAUCUUUUGGAUCUUGUCAGCACUGUGGAGAAACCAGCUCAGGCCAAUUUUACAACACCAGUAAGAUCAGCAAGGUUAGUAAUUAUGAAAAAGGUUAAUUUUGUGCUGGCUGUGUUGCCUGAAAAAAGGGUAAUUUUAUAUGUGCUGUCUGUAAGGCCUCUUAUUUUGGGCAACACUGCUUACCUCAUUUCUCUCCUGCAAAUCCCUGAGCAUCUUAAGUUGGACAAGGCUUCUUGUUUGCAAGUGGAGUUGGCCUCUUUUAGAAUGAAAAGCUUUCAAACAGAGGUCAUCAGAAGGUACAUGUCGCUGUAAGUAGAGCUGUAUGCUUACAAGUGUCAGAAAUACAUAUGAAUAAUCAGAGAAAUAUUGAAAUAGACAUUGCUUUUCUAAAUACUGAAUGUAGGACAGCUUUACAAGUUCUUGGUGAUAUGUUCAAGAGUUCCCUGGCCUCUCCUGUAUGUAUGAGUAGUUUACAACAUGCAACAACCAUAGAGGAAGGCAUUAUAAAUUAACAGCAGUUUCCGUAACGUAAAGAAUGAAAUGUUGUGAAAAGAAAACAAUCAUUCUAUAAUUUUGGCAAAAAAAUGGAAAUUGACUAAUUUGGUUGAAAGACAAGUUAAUGAUCCUUUUGCUAUAACCUGUCCUAAUGGAAAAAAUGAUAAUGAUUUCUUCAAAAAAACACAGUGUUAGGUAGGGAAAGUCAACUUGUGUUUUAUAUAUUUCUUUGUCAUAAAGCUUGGCUACAGCUCAUUUCUCUUUGGAAGACCAGUUCAAGAAUGACUGCUACUUUUUUGAUGCUUUAUGCCGCCAACAAGACCUUCAAGAUAUCUUUAGAUCUAAAGUUCAACUCUAUCCACCCGACUUGAUAAAAUCUACAUCAGGGCUUGAACAAAAAAGGUAGGUGAUAUGAAAAUCAUGUACAUAAAACCUACAUGUGCUUUUUAUUUUCCAAAACGUUAAGGGGCUAAGCCAUUUCUCAUGGAGGAACCCCCUAGAAAGAUAUAAAUAUUUGCACAAUGCAAAACAAAAGGGGAUCAGUUUGUGGUGACUUUUAGGACAAGUACUACCAAUAAAUCAUGAAAAUGCCCCAUUAAAAACAAACUAAAACUAAGCAAAUUCUAUUAGCUCUCAUCAAAGAAGCAAACAGAAAGAUUGUUUUGGUUGUUGCCCAAAAUGGUUACUACCUCUACUAAAAAAUAUAUGCGAUUUUUGUAACUCUAGCAGGGUUGUCAGUAAGACCCGGGGACCGGGGAUUUUCCCCGGCUACUAAGAGAGUGACCCCAGGCUACUUUUAUUGGAAAACAGAAGAAAAAUAGAACCAAAAGAAAUCCCUAGCCAUUUGAUUUGUUGCCUACUUGUUGUAUUUGCCCGGCAACUUGAAAUCUCAGUGACAACCCUGCUCUAGGGAUAAAUAUUAUUUUAGUUUGGGGGAUAGAGGACAUUCAUCUAGUCUUAAAAUUAAUUUAGAAGACAGAUUUAAAGUGAAGUCAAUUUCCCUUAUUUUAUUAUUAUGUUGCUGUUCGUUAUGUAAUAUUUUGCAUAAACUGUUUGUGUCAAUCAACAGAAUACCAGAUGAGAAACAGCUAAUUUCUGUCACAGAAAAACUGACCAGUGAACUAGAAGAACAGAGCAAGCAACUGGAGGGACUCAGAGAAAAUGUAUGAUGCCUGUAAACCUUUAAAAAAAACAAAAAGGAGCCUUGCAACUGAGAAUCCAGGGCUGUGCCAUUAAAGCCUUCUAACCCUGACCCUGUUUAAGACAAAUGACUUUUUUCUGAUAGCCCUAUUUAUCAUUCUGAAACUCAUGUUUGUAUUAAUUUUUGUCCCUUAGAAUAUGUUUUACUUUCUUUCUAGGCUCCUUUAUGUGAUGCUGAUGCCAUCACAAUUGAGAAAGUAAGCAAAACAUUGUCUUUGUCCCUCACAACUAUGGCUCAAGUCGUGUCUGGAUUUCUUCAUUGUUUUGAAACUGAAAUGAAGCCGUGGUGUAGAAGGCAAGCACCUGUUGUGUCAGGUACACUUAGGGUGCUUAACAUUUGUCAGAACUGGCCAGCCAGACUAGUCCAAUCCUAAGGAUAAUUCCUCUGUGAAUCCUUUAAGCCUCAAUAUUCACAUAUAAAUUCUCCAUACUGAUCUUCAUACAUUUCUUUAAAGAAUUAGUUGAGAGAGUUUUAUAACAGAUCAAAGCAUUAAAUCUAUGUACUGAUCAUUUUAUUAACUCUCAAAACCAUUUCUCUUGGCAUCAUAUGGAUGUGGAUAGGAGAAAAUUAAUGUUGGUCACUAUUGGGACUUAAAGGGUUAAUCAGGGUUAAUUGAAAUUUCAUUUUGAAAAUGACCGGUUAGACCGGCCAGUUCUGACUGUCUUUUUAAAAGCAUUUUCAGUGAUAUAAGGCUCACAAUUUUUAAGGUUGGUGAGUGUAAUUUCUUGGGAGUUGCUUCUUGGGGGAGGUUAUCAGUACUCAUCUCCUCAAAACAGGGGAGAAACAGCAACCAGACUCGAGAGAGCGGCACAAAUCGAGCCUAGCCAGCCACUGGUUUGGAAAUGCUCUCGGUUUUGAAGAUCAAAGACUGACCGUUUUCCCGAAAACGAAUUUGAGAAAACCGCGAACCUGGAUUCUACCACAUCUGAUAGGCCAUCUGUGAGUUGACCGAAGCCUUUUUUGAAAACGAAGGUAUUUACGGACUAUAAGUGCGAAAUCUUAAAAUAAUUUUCUAUUAUUGUUCAUACAAAAAGUCAUUUUCCCAUGGACUUUUUUUUUGCCCUAUUAAGUCUCAUUUUGAAGGUCAAUGAUUUUUGAAACUUGGAAAUGGCCUAUCGGAAACUGCUCUAAUGAUGACAGUGCAACGUUCAUGGCAACUUGUAUAUUUGUUUGAUUGCAGAGGUGGGUCCAGCAUUCAGCAGAGUUCAUUCCCUUUUACUGAGAUAUAUUCAGGUUGGUAGUAUUAAUGAAACUUGACCAAGAUCGUACGGGAGAAAUUUGUUAAAGCUAAGCAAUGUACUUUAAAGCUGAGGUUACGGUUUUCUUUGCUUCAAGUUUGAGACAUUACCAGUGUACUGUUGAUAUUCCUAAACUCUUUGAAAGCCUGAUUUAAAAAAAAACUUCCAAGUGUUUGAAAACUGAAAGAACAGCCCUUUCGGUGCUAUUUGCCCACAUGACUCCGCUCCGCAAAGACUCCACAAAGCGUUUUCAACGAAAAUUAAGAAACUCAUUGGGCCAGACAGUUAUUUAAACGGAGUUUAGCCAGUAAUUGACAAACCAUUUUCUAGGUCAUUUAAUUUUCAGUUUGCCGAACACUUUUAUGUAAACACCAUUUAUCGUCAACAGUUUCAUGAAGGCAUAAGGCGCACCAUGGCGUAGACUAGAAAAGCAUUAGUUUUCUUAAAAUAACCCACUAAGGAAGAGAUCUGGAGGUCCAAAGAUUUGUUAAACCGCGGUCUAAGUUAGACUUCGUGUAAAUAGUCGACCCAUUAUGUUGAAUAAAAAUUUACUAAAAGUAUUCAAAUUCACUAUGACUUUUUUACAUCCCCGCUUGUGUUUCCACUUCACGGUAUAUAACAUCCCACUUAUUAAAAAGAAAAAUGCCUCAAGUGUUUGUCCGCAGCGUAUAAUGAAGCAUACUUAAAGUUGCUCAUUUUAGUGCAGAAACUCAUUUUAAGUGUGCCGCUUGAGUGAUUUUGUCUGUCUGACCUUUUUUUUCCUUCAGACGCUUCGAAGCCUAGAAACGAUCAAGUCUUCUUACAGUGAAAUGUGCCAUGAGAGUAAAGCAAAAAUAUCCAGAAGACAAGGGAGUCAUUCGAGUGAGAUAUUUGUUACAUGA